UGGGGUUAUGCUAAGUCUUAUGUCGGGGUUUUCAAAGCACCUGAGGUAGAGAGACCCCCAAGAGAUAGAUGGUCGAAGCCAUCAGAGCCAAUUAAUAAUAGAGAGCAUCUACCUGAAGGCUGGCAUGAUGAAGAGCCUGACCUUGAUCCUAACGAUACGGAAGCUCAUAUUGCUCGAUGCCACGAAAGAAUUGCAGACGACAUUAUACCAGUUAUUUUUGAACACAAGCUCAAGACCUUGAUUUCUCAAACGGCCAAGGAGGAGUAA